CAUGCAAAACAAAAGAGUUAAUCAAAGCACAACACAGAAGGCAGAUUAGGAAGCUGAAAAAAUCUAUUGCCAACAAUGGAUGCUAUUAUUAAAGCAGACUUGAAUAUGUAUAAUAAUCAUGGUGAACAAAAGCUACCACUUCUGCACAACAUGGGGGUUCCAGAUGCAGAUAGAAGCCUCAUUCAGAGAGCCAUAAGUCAAACAUUUCAAAGCACAGCCCAUUUGGCAAAUCUGUUACCAACUGGCACUGUUCUUGCUUUCCAACUUCUGUCUCCAAUAGUCACAAAUCAAGGCAACUGUGACUCGGUUUGCAAGUUCAUGACUGCUACAGUCGUGGCUCUCUGUGGUGCCUCUUGUUUCUUGCAAUGCUUUACCGAUAGCUUCAGGAAUGAUAAGGGGAAUGUUUGUUAUGGACUUGCCACCUUCAAGGGCUUGUGGGUCAUUGAUGGAUCCGCCACUCUUCCACCUGAACUUGGUGCAAAAUUUAGAUUGAAGUUUAUCGACUUCAUGCAUGCAGUGAUGUCAGUUUUGGUGUUUGCAGCAGUUGCAUUAUUUGAUCAGAAUGUGGUGAAUUGCUUCUUUCCAUCACCUUCAACAGAGGCACGGGAAAUCCUAACAGUGUUGCCUGUGGCCACAGGGAUUUUUUGCAGCAUGCUCUUUGUGGCGUUUCCCACACAUAGACAUGGAAUUGGCUUCCCACUAUCACCGAACUAAAAGUUGGAUAAUCAAUUCGAUUCUCUUGUCUGCAAAACUAUAGAGGAAUUUAAGUGAAUUUCAUUGCUGUGUUAUCAUCUAAAUAAAGUGGAAUAUUUUUUUCAUUCUAUCAAACACUGGUACAUAUAAUAUAUAGACCCCUUUCCAUGAUACGUGAUAGAUUCAAUCACAAAUUCCUUUAAAUACAGCUAUGUGCUCUUAUAUAUAUACACAGUUUCAGCAGAGAUAGGAUUUGCAGUUUAUUUAUUCAAGAUCAUCUGCAUAUUUCAGUAUAGCUUUCAGUGAAGAGCCUGUGUGAAAAGUUUCACAGCCAUCCCACAAGGAAAGCAAGCAAGCAGAACUCUAUGAAUGAACAAACCUAGAUGCUAUAACUUGUAUCAGAGUUUAU